AUGCUUCCUUUUCUUUGGCACUGUUUCAUUUCAUCUCGAAUCUGGUUUUUUCACUUUCAAGUACUUAUUGGUCAAUUGAGACUAUGCUUUGGUGUAAUCAGCAGCUCCCUAGCCCUUUCGUAACAGACAAAGCAUCUACUGUUGAGUCUGAGAGAGACUAUGGCUAACCGCAUGCUGAAUGGAUGUUAUGUCGUUGCUCUGCUUCCCCGCUGUUCAUUCAUGUCGUGUGCUUGCUAACCACCGGCCGGCUAUUGCUUGGGCGUUCGUCAUCUGCGGGGCCGUUGGAAGAAAUCGCAGAAACGAGGGGCCUUCAUGUGCACCGCUUUGUCCUGUUUGGGCAAUCUGGGGCCUGAGGCGCCAACGGCAGAAAACCCGAACUGCAGGUUCCACUAGAGUCUUUUUUUUCCUUUUCUUCGGUUUACGGGCUCACACGACAUCCAGAUCCACUACUUCUCAAUCCAUGUCUCUGUCGUCCUUGGCCUUGCAGUGUAUUCACUACUCCGCGCCAUGAUCUAGUUACCUGUAUCUGCAUGCUCCAGAACUUUUCGUUCAACACUUCGCUCGCCUAGUGUCUACCAAGCUAACGUUCCCGGCCAUACCGCCCCUCCAGACCACCCGCUUCUACG